GACAUAUUGCCUUAACCGACAUAAGCUAUCUCCAGAACGACGCCAUGGACUUCAAAUUUGAUUCACACCGACCAAGGGAUUAAGAUAAAUUCUACACGGUUUUCCCACCGUUACGUUUGCGCUCCAUUGUCUCCACCACCGCUUCAAUUCUUACCGCUCUGCUUCUGUGUUCUUCAUAUCAAUUGCCUCAUUUUGAUCGUAUAUCACGCUCUACUAAGACCCUAAAAUCUCAUGAUCGCCACCGCCCCGAUCAGCAUGCCCCACACUGAAAAAUUAAACUCACAUUCAUCAAUCAAAAUCACAAUUCAAUCCAAAGCAAUUUAGGGCUUAUGUUAUUUACAUCUUUGAACCGGAAAGACAGCAUACUAUGUGAAAACGAGUGGGAGCAUAAAAUCCAAGAUUUGCAGAAGACAAUUAAAGUUUUAAUUUUGAAUGAUUUUAUUAUAACUAUUUAUAAGAAUAGGACGUUGCAGAGGGAGUUAAUGGCAUCUUUCAGUACGAUUACAAUCAAAUUAAAGGAUGGAGGCAUAAAGAUCGGUCUCUCCCCAUGGCUAGAAUUUAGGGCAACAUUUCCGUCAACAUGGUGUAGCACAUUCUUUCAUUGUGGAACUUCUCUAUCUCCUUCAACAAGGGAAAUAUUUCAAAAAGUUGCUGAAUCAAAGAACGACAAAACUGUGAUCUUCCUCCCAAUGCACCGUAGAAGGACAAGAAGUAAUCCUAUAUGGUUGAUGGUUCUUCCUUUCUUUCUGUUUGCUGUCAAAUACUGUAAAGCCAAAUAAGUACCUUCUGACAUGAGUUGAAAGCGGGGAAUCAUGGGGGUAAUGGUGGAUGACCAUGAUGAAAGCUUGAUAAGGUUUACAACGGGACUUCAUGCAUGCAGGAAGGAUGACGUUCAUUCUAAAAUUAUCGUAUGGGAGUUUAUACAAUCCAGGUGCAUAUCUUAACUGCAACAAGGGAUGACAAUGAGGGAGUUAUAGUUGAACUACGCAUGGCUGAUAACAAACAAUUUAUUUGUAAUACCAUUGUAAUUUCAUUUCCUUAUCCCUAAUGGCAAUGUAAUCUACUUUUCAUGCCCAAAAUAUCAAUAUACUUCAAUCUCCGUAACAAUAACAACAUUCUUGGUUCUUUACUGAUAAUAGUCAUGUAAUUGGAAUUCAUUACCUAUAACAGCGAUGUACUUACAUUUGGCAUUCCAAAUAAAAUAUCGAAAUUACCC